CUGACAUCAUGGAGACACUGAUAUGGCAAUGCUACUCUUGGAAACGUUCUAGUCUGUUUCAGACGGACAGUCUAAGUAACAUCAUGUCGUUGAGCUGGUCAGCAAAAGACCACAAGAGUUAUACAAAUCCACCCUCCAACCCAACCCAAGGGCUGAAGCGGCCACGGAAUGACACAGGGAACAAAGUGACAGUGGUGCUCGGUGCGCAAUGGGGAGAUGAAGGCAAAGGAAAAGUCGUCGAUUUACUGGCGACUGAGUCUGACCUUGUUUGCAGAUGUCAGGUAAUAUCGUGUGUAUAUAAUACGAUAUUAAUGUAACCUUGACAUGCUUGAACUGACAAAAGUUAUGUCAUUGAAUUAUAACGCAUGGUUGGUUGCUGUGAAAUUCAUGAUGCGUCUUUAGAAAAGUAAUGUUCCAACAUAUCGGAAUCGGUGACUGUCACUGUACUGUACUACAGUGUGACAGGUGUGGGGCAGGCAUUGGAAAAAGCUUGAAAUAGCUUACUGUAAAAAAUAAAAAUCAGUCAAGAGUAAUGCAUAUUUUUUGGCACCUAAAUGUUUCAUGUGAUGUCCUCAGUAGGCUAUAAGGGAAUUUUGGUUAAAUCUUGUUUUCUAUUUUAUCAAUGCGGGAAAUUAGUUUAAAUAUUAUUUUAAAGAAUUAAAACAUUUAUUUAGAAAACUGGGUGCUAUUACCAGUUCUUCAACUUCAACACAUUUUGAAUGAUUGACUGGACUAGAGUUUAAAUGAAACUAUUAACUGGAUAUUUGUCCUUCUUUAGACUUACAUGAUCAUUAAGAACUUGAAAGCAUAUUCUCUCAAUGGGGGAUCCAUACCUCACAUCACCUAACUGUACAUUUUCUCUAUCUGACCUAUAGUGAACUGCUAAAAUAGACCAUAGUACCAACAAUAGGGCAAAACGCUAACUAUUUCUUACAAAUUAAAGUCUAAAAUCACACAGUACUGACAGGGAAAGGUAGCAUAUAUUGAUCACACUUGGAUCAAUACUCUUGGAACCCUUUUUGGUUCCAGGUAGAACUCUUUUGGGUUCCAUGUAGAACCCUCAGUGGAAAGGGUUCUAAAUGGAACCCAAAAGGGUUCUACCUGGAAUCAAAAGGGGUUCUUCAAAGGGUUCUCCUAUGGGGACAGCCGAAUAACCCUUUUUGGUUCUAUAUAGCACCUUUUCUCCUACGAGACUAACCUGAAUGAAAAUGAUGUCAAUAAUCAAGCAAAUGUAUUUUAUAAAGCAUUUUUUACACCAGCAGUUGUCACAAAGUGCUUAUACAUAUACCCAGCCUAAAAACCCAAAUAGUAAGCGAUGCAUAUGUAGAAGCACAGUGGCUAGGAAAAACUCCCUAGAAAGGCAGGAACCUAAGAAGAAACCUAGAGAGGAUCCAGGUUUUGAGGGGUGGCGAGAGAGACACUCAUAGACAAAGUUUCUCUUUGGCCAGCAAGGAAAAACAAAACUUGCUCAGAAGUCAUAUCUUGGGACACUCACAUUGUAAAGGCCAUUACACAGUUGUGUUGUACUCUCCAUUGACAGCAAGUCACAUCACUGAGCACUCUAUGUACUCCUUCAGCCAGCCCCACCCACUGCUGGUGCAGGGUCACAGUCCCAGGGUGACUUGACAUGUGAGAAGGUCUUAGCCAGGGGGCAAGGAGUGGAGGGUCUGGCAGCCAAAUCUGUUUAAAUAGUUGGAAGGGGGGUAGCUUGGUGACAGGGGAGGGGGCUUAGACUCUAUUAUCCACUGAUUAAAAUAAGAUUAUGCAUUUGCUCUGGAUGUAUGGCCAGUGGGUGUCCUGACUGUUUUAUGUCCACAUUUUGCUAUCCCUUUACAAGUAACAGCCAUUAAUCAAAUCAAUAACUGUCCUUUGGUGAUUUCAUGCCACUAGACUUUAUGGCUGGAUUGCCAAACAGUCUUGUUUUGAUCUUCCAGGGCGGUAACAAUGCAGGCCAUACAGUGGUAGUGGAAGGUACAGAGUAUGACUUCCACCUUCUCCCCAGUGGCAUUAUCAACCCCAAAAGCAUAUGUGUCAUUGGUGAGUAUUUCUCUCUUUAUCACCAUUUCCACUGACCCCAAUGGGUAACUGUCUAUAUGUGCUCAUUUAUCCAGCAUAUGGUCCAAUGUAGGUAAUGGCGUAGUCAUACACCUACCAGGCUUGUUUGAGGAGGCAGAGAAGAAUGAGAAGAAAGGUAAAUCAAGUAUUUUUUAGAAUAACAGUCAAUACUGUAGUUGUCAAGUUUGAGGAAACCAUUACAGUAUAGUUUUUUUUCUCCAUUCUCUGACCAGGUCUCAAAGGCUGGGAGAAGAGACUAAUUGUCUCUGACAGAGCUCACCUUGGUAUGUUUGCAUUUUUCUGGUUUCACAAAUUAAGCGAAGAUAUAUACAUUAUGUGCUAUUUUAGUAGUGUGUGUUUGUUUAUCUGCAUAAUGUACAGUGGGGGAAAAAAGUAUUUAGUCAGCCACCAAUUGUGCAAGUUCUCCCAUUUAUUAGGAAAUCUUACAUUUCCUAAUAAUUGCUCCCACAGUUGAUUUCUUCAAACCAAGCUGCUUACCUAUUGCAGAUUCAGUCUUCCCAGCCUGGUGCAGGUCUACAAUCUUGUUUCUGGUGUCCUUUGACAGCUCUUUGGUCUUGGCCAUAGUGGAGUUUGGAGUGUGACUGUUUGAGGUUGUGGACAUGUGUCUUUUAUACUGAUAACAAGUUCAAACAGGUGCCCUUAAUACAGGUAACGAGUGGAGGACAGAGGAGCCUCUUAAAGAAGAAGUUAGUCUGUGAGAGCCAGAAAUCUUGCUUGUUUGUAGGUGACCAAAUACUUAUUUUCCACCAUAAUUUGCAAAUAAAUUCAUAACAAAUCCUACAAUGUGAUUUUCUGGAUUUUUUUCCCUCAAUUUGUCUGUCAUAGUUGACGUGUACCUAUGAUGAAAAUUACAGGCCUCUCUCAUCUUUUUAAGUGGGAGAACUUGCACAAUUGGUGGCUGACUAAAUACUUUUUUCCCCCACUGUAUAUCUUUGUAUUGUGCUUAGAGAAAGGUUGACAUUUAUUUUGCUUUGAUCUUUCGACAGUGUUUGAUUUCCACCAGGUUGUGGAUGGAAUUCAGGAGACCCAGCGACAAGCAACAGAGGGAAAGAUGUAAGGGUAGGGAAGGCAAUGGUUUCUUACAUAGGGUAAGGGAAUACAAUGGGUCACUGUCAAUAGAGACUUCAGUCAAGCAGAAGGUAGCCUAGCGGCUAGAGCGUUGGGCCAGUAACCGAAAGGUCGCUAGUUGAAUCCCGAGCCGUCAAGGUGAAAAAUCUGCCGAUGUGCCCUUGAGCAAGGCAUUUAACCCUGAUUUCUCCAGGGUUGCCAUUGAUAAUGGCUGACUCUGGCCGUGACCCCAAUCUCAGGGGGAGUUGGGAUAUGCAAAAAACACAUUUCCAAUUCACACAUGCAUAUUAAUAGUAGGACAAAUAUAAGCACCCACUAAAAAAAUCACUUCCACAUCUGAUGAAAAAUUGCAGAUUCUACUUUGUAAUCCCCUCAGCUAAAACAGGUGUUUUUCCUCAUGACAGUAUUGGAACGACCAAGAAAGGCAUUGGACCCACCUAUACCAGCAAAGCAUCUCGCAUUGGACUGCGUGUCUGUGACCUGCUGGGAGACUUCAAAGAGUUCUCUACCAAGUAUGCUUACUGACAGACAGGACACAAUAUACAUUUUAGUCAUUUAGCAGACGGUCUUAUCCAGAGCGACUUACAGUUAGUGAGUGCAUACAUUUUCAUACUUUUUCAUACUGGUCCCCUGUGGGAAUCGAACCCACAACCCUGGCGUUGCAAGCACCAUGCUCUACCAACUGAGCUACACGGGACCAUAUACACAUUUAAACCUCACAUACAACAAACAUUUUUAGAGUCCAACAGUACAUGAUUGUGGCUCUUUUGAGACUUUGCUCUUGAACUAAAUUGACCCACUAAAGUGAACAGUAAUAGAGAUUGAGAUGAUUUGGGGGUUUCUUUCAGAUUCAAGAACCUUGUCGCGCAGUACCAGUCCAUGUACUCAUCCCUGACAGUUGAUACUGAAACUCAGCUGAAAAAAUUGAAGGUAUUUGGUAAAUCUCCUCUGAAUGAAUAGUCAUGGGCUAUGGAUAUAUUAGACCUAUACAACUUUUUUUGUCUUGUAUUGUGCAGGAGUAUGGAGAGAGGUUGCGGCCGAUGGUGCGAGAUGGAGUCUAUUACAUGUAUGAGGCUCUUCAUGGACCCCCAAAGAAAAUUCUGGUGGAAGGGGCCAAUGCUGCCCUCCUCGACAUUGACUUUGGUAAGAAAUAUCAUAGUCCCAUUGAGGAUUGUGCCAAUGAUGAGAUAGACAGGAAAGUUUGAUGGUUAAAUGGACAACUCAUCUGUAUGUAAGUUUAAUUCCCACUUUCUCUCUUCCCUUUAGGCACAUAUCCUUUUGUGACCUCAUCAAACUGCACCGUUGGUGGGGCAUGCACUGGUCUUGGCAUCCCUCCCCUGAAUAUUGGUGAAGUGUAUGGUGUAUCAAAGGCCUACACCACCAGGGUAGGCAUUGGCGCCUUCCCCACAGAACAGCUCAAUGUAAGAUCUCUUUCAUCUAUCUGGACAUUUCUGACUCUUGCCUUACUCUCAAUAAGGAGAUGCUACUGUAACGAUUAAAGGGGAACAGCCAGAGCAAGACUUGAACCAGUGACCUUGAGUGAGAGUGUGCACUAUCACCUGUGCCAUAAAGGUGAAGGCCUCUUAGCAGAGGUUAUACUGCAUUUUGUAGUUUGAUAUUUACAGUGCCUAAGUCACUCUCUUGCAGUUUGUUUAGACAUGUUGUUUUCUUUUGAGGUACAAGUAGAGUUGGAUAUGUAUAGUAAGCCUAGUGUUUAAGAUCACAUGACCCUCACACAUGUAGGAAGCCUGUUCUCAAAAUGCACUGCCUGUGUGGCCAGCUGUCAGAUUGUGUGAGAGGCCUGUUAAAACACACUUUAGCUCUCCUGCUGAUCACAUGUUCAGGGCCUAAAUUUAGGGUAGAGAGUCAGGGUUCAAUAUAGAUUUACUGUCUGGUCUGGGGUUAUGUUACCUAACAUGAGAACUGUCCAUGGGGCUGCUGUUCAACAUGUUUUAGCUUGAUCCCUCACUCCAACUGUAAAUCUAUUGGUUUACUAAGCAUUUUAUAACAUUUUAUUAAUAAAAAACAUUAAGAUUAGUACCCAACAUUGAAUAUUGAUUAAUCAAGUGAUCUAUUCUAGAUAACUGAGUGUGUUUUGUGCAGGCGACAGGUGAGCUGCUGCAGACGAGAGGUCAUGAGGUGGGCGUGACCACAGGCAGGAAGCGUCGUUGUGGCUGGCUGGACCUGGUCAUCCUGAGAUACGCCCACAUGAUCAAUGGCUUCACUGCGUGAGUGGAUAGGACUGAAAGGCAGGCGGCCAAACCUUACUCUUUUUGAAUAUCUGCCCAUAUUUAAAUUUUUAUCUGACAGGUUCAAUGUACUGUCUCUGCCUGUGACUGCUAGUCUGAAUGUAAUUAAUGUAGUAGUUUUCCUCUCUUUUCUCAAAUGUGUUAAACAAAUAACAUUGUUUCCUAACAGCAUUGCUUUGACAAAACUUGACAUCCUUGAUGUGCUGGAUGAGAUCAAAGUAGGAGUGUCCUACAAAAUCAAUGGCAAAAUAAUUCCCCAUUUCCCAGGUAUGCUCUCUAAAUUCAACUUUAUUGAUUGAUUAAAAAGUAGGCCUACUUGUACCACACUAGGCCUACACUGUAAAAGAGACAUUAGUAUUAUCUCUACAAACAUUUGAUUUCUCCUCUGAUUAAUAAUUAUCUUCAACCUUCAUUCACAUAGCUAACAUGGAGCUGUUGCACAAAGUGGAGGUAGAAUAUGAGACCUUCCCAGGCUGGAAGAGUGAUACGUCUGCAGCCAGGAAGUGGAAUGAUCUCCCCCAGAAGGCUCAGAACUACAUCCGCUUUGUUGAGAACCACAUUGGAGUACCCAGUAAGUUACAUAUAGGAUACAGGUAGUUCCUGCUGACAGCAGGCUCAUCUUCAGUAGGGCACAAACUGAAAAGAAAAAUAAGCCUUCUUAUUGAACAAGUAGGCAUAUAGGUCAUAGUAAUAUCUUCUCCAUUUCACCACAUUUCAAAAUAUUUUCUUCAGUGGAAUGCCUACUUAACGUGACCCAGUUUUACCAGCUACAACCAUACCAUAGUCCAGCAUACUGACCCCUAAAUGGGAAACUGAAGAGCCAACUUUGGUCCAGGGACAUGGCUUCAAUGUGCCAGUAGGGGGCACUAUUGGCUAUUUUAUAACUAGUACCCAAUUCUGCAAGUCUAGUGCAAACGUUUUUGGGGGAUUUGUGAGUGUUUUUUGACAUGUCCUUUGUCAUUUCUCUCUACAGUUAAGUGGGUCGGCAUCGGAAAGUCCAGAGAGUGCAUGAUCCAGAUGUUCUAGAGACUUUAUCUCUUCUCUCCCUAAGAUGGAUACAUAUUGAUGGACGAGAUGUGGCUUGAUGUGACAUAUUUUUGCAAACCUCAAACGAUCUAAUAUUCUGUAAAACCUGUUGCCAACAGAUAUGUGUAGCCUUGAAACAAUGUUGACUGGAAAUGUUGGUAACUUUACAUCUAUCUAUGCAGUGCUUGUCAUCAGUAAAUUGCCUUGUAAUGAUGUCUGCCAGAAAGUCCUAUGACUGACCCAGCUGUAAAUAUUACCUUGUGCCACACAACAACCCUGAAAGAAAAAAACAUAUCCAAUAACUUUUCCUCAUGAGUAAUGUUACCUGCCUUAUGUUUUCGGUCUUCUUUAGGGAUGGAUAGAAAUGUACAUAAUGGGUACCUAGAGGAAAAUGGGGGAGGGUCAUGCUUUUUCAAUUUCAGUCAAGGGGAGGGCUUAGUAUUUUUAAAAUCUAGUCUAGGGAAGGGUCAUGUAAUUUGUAAUUGAUGAAAUUUCAAUAUUUCUCAGUGUUUUAGAAUGAGUU